AUGGCGUUUGCAGAGCUCCUGGAACACGUUGGCAGCCUGGGGAGGUUUCAGAUCUUUCAGAUCGUCUCUCUGGUCAUACCCAUCAUAUGUGUCACCCCUCACAAUCUGCUGGACAACUUCACGGCGGCUGUUCCCGACCAUCGCUGCCGGCACCCCUUGCUAGACAAUGCUAUGGCCUCCCUCAACGUCACCAGAGGCCUGGAUCCUGAUGCCCUCCUGAGGGUCUUCAUCCCCCUGGACAAACACCAGAAGCUGGAGAGAUGCCGUCGCUUCCUCCACCCCCAGUGGCAGCUGUUGGAACUCAACGCAUCAGCCCCAAAUGCAAGCGAGGCAGACACAGAGCCUUGCCUGGAUGGCUGGGUCUAUGACCGCAGUGACUUCUCCUCCACCAUUGUGUCAGAGUGGGAUAUGGUGUGUGACUGGCAGUUCCUGAAGCCCAUGGCUCAGUCUAUAUUCAUGGCAGGCAUCAUGACUGGAGCUAUUAUAUGUGGUCUUGUCUCCGACAAGUUUGGGCGGAGGCUGGUACUGAGCUGUUGCUACCUACAGUUGGCCAUCACUGGCACCUGUUCUGCUGUUGUCCCUAACUUCUUCCUUUACUGCUGCCUCCGUUUCCUAUCAGCCUUUGCCGUGGCUGGCAUCACGAUGAACGCUGGGAUACUCAUGAUAGAGUGGACAAAAACCCAGGCUGGGGCCACUGUGAUGACCAUAAGUUCUCUUGGGUUUAGUGUUGGUGAGUUCCUCCUAUCAGGGGUUGCAUAUGCCAUCCGGGACUGGUGCUUCCUCCAGCUGGCUGUGUCCGUGCCCUUCGUCCUCUUCUUUCUGUCUUCGUGGUGGCUGGCAGAGUCUGCCCGUUGGCUCAUCGUCACAGGCAAAAUAGAUCAAGGGCUCCAUGCACUCAGGAGAGUUGCAGGAAUAAAUGGGAAGAAGGACGCUAGAGACACCUUGACCAUUGAGACUGUGAAAUCCGCCAUGCGAGAAGAUUUAAUGGUGACUAAGACCAAGCACUCAGAGGUGGAUCUCUUCCGAACCCCUGAGCUACUUAAGCGGUUUUGUGGCAUGUUCUCUGUGUGGUUUGCCAUCGGUUUCGUCUUCUAUGGACUUAUCCUGGACUUGCAGAACAUGGGGAGCAAUCUUUUCUUGCUCCAGGUACUCUUUGGGGUCAUUGAUAUCCCAAGCAAGACAGGCUCCUUCUUUGCCAUGAACUACAUAGGUCGGCGUAUAACCCAGGCAGGCUCCUUGAUCCUGGCUGGUCUCUGCAUUCUGGCCAACGCGGUGAUAGCCCAGGAGCUGCAAGUCCUGCGGGUGACCCUGGCUGUGCUGGGAAUUGGCUUCGUGGGCAGUACCUACACUGUUCUUUCUAUCUACAGCAGUGAGCUUUUCCCCACAGUGCUCAGAAUGACUGCAAUAGGCGGGGGCCAGAUGGCUAUGCGUCUGGGUUCCAUCCUGGGGCCUCUGGUGAAGUUGCUGAAUCAGUUCAACCCUUUGCUGCCCCUGUUCAUCUACGGAGGCGUUUCCGUGAUCACGGGCCUAACUGCCCUCCUCUUGCCUGAAACCCUCAACAUGCCGCUGCCAGACACCAUCCACGAUGUGGAGAGUAGGGGCCGCAGAAUGAAAGGUGCAGAACAGGGAGAGAACAUUGCAAAGUCGACGAGAAUGUAG